UGUCCAUGAUGAUGAAGAGUUCUCUGUCUGCGCUGCUGCUGCUGCUGCUCUGCCCUCUGUGUGGAGCACACAGCCUGGGUGAGGGUGGAGAUGAGCAGGAGUCCAGCAGCCUGCAGCUGGCUGAUGGAGCAGAAGGAGGAGACGUGAGAUUUGUCGAUAACUCCUGCCAACUAUUCAUCGGUCUGAGGGAUGAAGUCCGUGAGCUGAGAGAGACGGUGUCCACACUGCGGAGCCAACUAGCGGAGCAAAAGAGAAAAGAACAAGUGGCAUUUGGGGCCACACUAGGUCCUUAUGGAACUCAGGGUCCAUAUAACACUGAGAUCACUCUGGUGUAUAAGGAUGUGUUUGUCAAUGCUGGGAAUGCAUACAACCCAACAACAGGUAUCUUCACUGCACCAGUGAGAGGUGUCUACUACUUCAGCUUCUCUGGUCAUAAUACCUCCUCCAGGCCCAUGGGUCUCAGACUGUUCAAGAACGGCCAGCAAAUGGUGACAGUGUACAAUCAUGCUGCAGGUAAUCGUCCAGAGACUGCAACCAAUGGAAUGACCCUACAGCUAGAGAAGGGAGACCACGUGUAUAUGCGGCUUAGGGCAAACACGUGGCUUUUUGAUAACGCAAAUGACCACAGUACUUUCAUUGGCCAUUUGCUGUUUCCACUCUAAGAUGAUGUUUGUAUUGUGCAGCUGGCACACUCAACACAACAUAAGUUACAUUGAUAAAUGUUUUAGAGCAAAUACGAAAUGUCAAUGCUUUGAAAGAGAGCGAGCGCCCGCGCGCGUGCACACACACACACACACACACACACACACUCUCAAGCAUCUGAAGUAUUCCUCGCUCACAAUAAUGACCUAACAUAAAAAUGUGAGUAUGUAUUUGUACGUUCAAUUGUAAAAUUGUUAAGAUUUUUUCAUAAAUGUGUUUUUAUGUCUCUGAAGGAAUUGGAUUCUGAAUAUGGGCCUGUUUGCAUUGUUUAUGUUUUAUAGGGCCUACUUGUCACCUCUGUAUGUCAUUCCAUGUUGUGUUACUGAUCAAUUAAUAAACUAU